AUGGAACGACAUUUAAAUGUAUCGGAUACGGAUCAGAAUGAUCAAUAUGAUACGGUCUACCAACAAUUUACAUCCCUUCAUCCUUCUCAAAAUGAUUUCAAUAUUCAUCAUCAUCAUCUCGAAUCCAUAUCAUUUUCAUUACAAUCUUCUGAUCCCAAACAUUCUUCUGAUUCCAACCAUUCUUCUGAUUCCAACCAUUCUUCUGAUUCCAACCAUUCUUCUGUUUUAUCAAGUGCGACUUUGGUCGAACAUUCUCAAUCGUUCAAUGAAAUUGAUUUUCCAUCCAUUCAACCUUCUCCUACAUGGCAAUCUCAUAUGAAUCCACAAACAGAUUUUAAAUUACCAAGUAAUCAUUUUCGAGAUGAAAGAAUGGAAGAAUCGUAUCAACUUUAUUCUUCAACAGUGGAUUUUCCAGUUGCUCGAAGACUCAUGUUGGCUCUUGUCUUUUUUCAAGGUGUUGGUUAUUUUCUCUUUUCUAAAUUUAAAGACACUUGUAUCGUACCUUUGGAGAAUGAGUAUCCAUGGGUUGAUCUCCUUUCGUUCUUACGAGAGAAAAAACCUUUUGGCUCGAUGUCUCAGACUACAAACACAAGGAAUUGUGUCUUAUGGAUUGAACCCAUGGCUAAAGAUGAAGAAUUUACGUGGUUCUUGUGGAGUUUUGCACCUUUUGCACUUGUGUACGGGAUGUUGCCAUUGAAAUAUUUUGAAGGUAGCAUGAGAUUGAGAAUUGGGGUCUAUUAUAUUCGACGUCAUUGGAAAGUCAUUGCGACGUUUAUUAUAUUGUGUUGGUUAGCUGGAUUGGCGGUAUUUGUGCACCAUAUUUUACUUGGAAUGAGAAACAAUCUCAGACAGAGCUUAGCGAAUGGAAUGGUCUGUGCACGAGAUAUUGUAAUGCCAUUGUCAUUGUACGAUACGUCAGAGUGGAAAAAUAUCUCGAAAGUGGAUGGACCAAUGACGAUGUUAUCGUGGCUUCAAAUGUAUGAUGUCAACUUGGUCUACUCGCUUCUUAUGGGGGUCAUGGCGAUGCUGACUGCAUGUGCUGGUAUCGUUGCAGUCGCCAUGAAACUCGACUUUACCCACGUGGUGCUGCUAGCUGUGACCGAGUGGAUUACUACAUUGAUGUUAUGCUUUUUGGGUGCAACCCCGUUAUUUUCAUCAAGUCGGCCUGUGAUGAGCAACGAAGCGUUCCUGUUUGUCUUGUGCGUGUUCUUGCCCACCUGCUUUACACUCACAGCUACAUACUCGGAGGAUCGUGCUGCUCGUAUGGCGUAUGCUUCUAAAGUGCGUGCAGAGCGUAUUAACACAACACUGAAGCUUGAUCUAUCGGUGAAACAGAUUGGGCUUGAGAACCGCAACGCAAUGACACGAGAUGAGAAGGAGGCAUUGAAGCGAGCACUGAGCGCCUCUGGAGACAUGGAAUUGUUCAUGACAGUAUCUAUCCCGUUUGCAGAUUUGAAAUUGAAAGAAAUCUUAGCCAAGACGCCAAACGGUGAAGUCUUGGUAGGUGAAUAUCACCAAACAGAUGUCGUGGUGAAGCGAUUGGCGCAGUCUUGUUUAACAGCUGAGGGCGUUGCAGCAUUCAAAAGUAAGGUGGAACUGCUGGCAUGCCUACGGCAUCCGAAUAUUGUUUUAUUUAUCGGAGCGACGUUCGAUAACCUGUCCAAUCUCGGACUUGUCAUGGAAUAUCUUGAACGUGGCGAUAUGUUAUCAUUGCUACGUAGCCCAAUUGCACUGACGUGGAGUGAUCCUUUGCUGAAGGUUGCUACAGAUGUGGCGCAAGGGGUUUCGUAUUUGCACAAUUGCGAUCCACCGCUUGUGCAUCGUGACCUAAAAUCUUCGAACUUGUUGUGCACGCGCACGUAUUCAUGUAAAGUGUCCGAUUUUGGCGAGUCGAAACAACAAUUGCUACCGGGAAAGCUGUUCAGUACCAUCGUUGGUACGCCGUAUUGGUUGGCCCCCGAGAUUCUUCGCGAGGAGCGCUACGACGCACAAGUCGACUGCUACAGUUUUGGCGUCAUUCUUGUGGAGCUCGAGACAAGACAUGAACCCUACCAUGACCUUCCUAAGAACUACACGACUAUCGAUAUCAUGAUGGGUGUCUCACGUGGAGCAUUGAGGCCAACCAUUCCAGUCUCAUGCUCGCCGUGUCGUCGAAAACUUAUUGCACAGUGCUUAGACAAUGAUCCUAAUCGUCGCCCAAAGAUGACGGAGAUUCUCUAUGCACUGCAGCAUGAGGUUCGUCAAGAGCUGCUAGAUCAAAACUCUACGGAUAUCGUUUGUGACAAGCGUCGGAUGGUUCUUAUGCAGCAACACCAGCGGCUCAAUCGCCGUGGGCUGCAGGAUUUGAUGCAUGCUUAUAACGAGGACUAA